GCCCCGCCCCUCCCACUCCUGACUUGAAAGUGUUCAGGAGCACCAAAAAAUUUUAAUGACGAACGAGCAUUAUGGUUUGAUUGGGUCUGUCGUUCGGGUCUUAUUUGGAUUCUCCAGCUCCAGGCUCUAAGCUGCUGAAAAGAGGCCAGAGGAAAAGAUGGGGGUGUGACCAGCUGGAACAAAGAGAGACCCACGGAAAGAGAGAGAGAGAGAGAGAGAGAGAGGUUCCCUAUCACCUGUUGCAGCCCAGGAAGCAGAACUGAGAGGAGCGAAAAGCCCAGCAGACAAGUCGUGUCAUGAUGUCAGAGGGAGAGGGGAAAGCAGCUCCAGGUGCAGAGGGAAAUAAGGCAGAGGCCACAGCAGCACAUGUUACCGCCACAGAGGACGAGGACGAGAGCGAAGAUGAAUCGGACAUUCUGGAGGAGAGUCCCUGUGGUCGCUGGCAGAAACGCAGAGAGGAGGUGAAUCAGCGUAAUGUCCCAGGGAUUGAUGCUGCCUACUUGGCCAUGGACACAGAGGAGGGGGUAGAGGUGGUGUGGAAUGAAGUCAUGUUUUCAGAGAGGAAGAACUUCAAAAUGCAGGAGGAGAAAGUCAAGGCAGUAUUUGAUAACCUGAUCCAGUUGGAGCACCCAAACAUUGUUAAGUUCCACAAGUACUGGGCCGACACCAAGGAGAACCGGGCCAGGGUGAUUUUUAUUACUGAGUACAUGUCAUCUGGAAGUUUGAAGCAGUUUCUGAAGAAGACAAAGAAGAACCACAAGACCAUGAAUGAGAAGGCUUGGAAGAGAUGGUGCACACAGAUCCUCUCAGCUCUCAGUUACCUCCAUUCCUGUGAUCCUCCCAUCAUCCAUGGCAACCUGACCUGUGACACCAUCUUUAUCCAGCACAACGGGCUCAUCAAGAUCGGAUCAGUUGCUCCUGACACCAUUAACAACCAUGUGAAGACAUGUCGUGAGGAGCAGAAGAACUUGCACUUCUUUGCCCCAGAAUAUGGAGCUGUUGCUGAUGUCACCACAGCUGUAGACAUCUACUCCUUUGGCAUGUGUGCCUUAGAGAUGGCAGUCUUAGAGAUCCAGGGGAAUGGAGAGUCUUCCUAUGUGUCUCAGGAGGCCAUCAACAAUGCUAUACAGUCCCUGGAGGACCCACUGCAGAGGGAGUUUAUCCAGAAGUGCCUGGAGUGUGUUCCUAGUAGAAGGCCCACAGCCAGAGAGCUGCUGUUUAACCAGGCUCUGUUUGAAGUGCCUCUGCUAAAACUGCUGGCUGCACAUUGCAUUGUCAGUCAUCAACACAUGAUUCCUGAGAAUGCCUUAGAGGAGAUUACCAAGAACAUGGACCCCAACCGGGUCAUUGCUGAGAGGAAAGAGGGUGUUCAACUCAAGCUUUCACAGUUUCCUGCCUUGGAGCUGGAUAAAUUCUUGGACGAUGUCAGGAAUGGUAUUUAUCCACUGACAGCUUUCGGCUUGCCGUGUCCUCAGCAGCCUCAGCAGGAGACGGUUAAGUCUCCCAUUGUCACCCCCUCGGUCAAAUCCCCCACUCCAGAGCCGGCAGAACUUGAGACACGCAGGGUUGUUCAUAUGCAGUGCAACAUUGAGUCAGUCGAGGAGGGGGCAAAAUAUCAUCUGUCAUUACUGCUGAAACUGGAGGACAAAUUAAAUAGACAUCUAAGCUGUGACAUGUUACCUAAUGAGAAUGUUCAAGAGCUGGCUGGAGAGUUGGUCCAACUGGGCUUCAUCAGUGAGAUGGACCAGAACAGAAUAAUCUCUGUACUAGAAGAAGCCUUCACCAAGUUCUUCACUAGCAACAUUUCCUUCAGUCUCAUUGCUGUGUCGUCGUAAGGACACCCUUUCAACCCUGCUACCUUUCCUUCAUUAUUACACAAUGCCAUUGCUGUAUUUUGUAAUUAUGCCUGGCUUUUCUACUCAACCCAUAGGUGGUUAUGCUGACAAGAGAGUGGGGUUUUGCCCCGGCAUCCAAAUUUAACACAUUCUAAAAGCACACAGUUCUCUUCAUUAGCACACACAUGGAUAAAUUCAUGCUCACUCAGAAGCCAUAUGCAGUGAAUGUGCUGUAGCAUUUUGAAUGACGUGUGGGGAUUUCAUCAUUUCUGUUAAGGCAUCCAAAAACAUACUUGGGAGGCCUGCCUGUAUAUGUGUUCAAGAGCAAAUCAGAAUGUUAAAUAGUAGUUCUUAUUAGAAUGUAAACCUCACAGUCAAGUUGUCAGACUACAUCACACCAUAUCAUAUCAGCAUCGCUCUCAGGUUUACACUAACCUCCACCACCCAUCAAAUACCUGGCUGUGUUAUAUAAUGGGCUGGUCAUGGUUAUCUUAUGAUUCAUGUGGCCUUGUGCCAAUGAGUCAUCUCUUAUGGUUCAACGGAUUGGGGUCCUAGAAUUAAAGAACAUAUAUUUAAAUGUGUGUUUUGGGAUGCAACACUGAAGGAAAAGGAAAAAAAAAAAACUUGAGAGACUUAUUCAGGAUUUUACCAGAGCUAUUCCAGAUCCUCCCCCCUCAGUUUUGCCUGGUCUGACUGACCACAAUCAAAACUGUCACUGAACACUCUCUCACAGAUGGGAACAUAACUCUUCCUCCACAGAAGAAUGUACAUCAACUAUCCCAUCCUGGUUAAUCAUUUUCAUUUGAUUCCUUUUCUCAUUUGAUUGUGUUUGUUCUGCUUCAAACACUUCCCUAGCCCUCAAUAUGACUUUUUUGAUGUUUUUGACCAUGUUGUCACCUAUAAAAUCAAAUAUACAGAGUAAUUUGAGUUAAAAACUAGAAAGCAGGAGUGUAAACCUUUCAGAGACUAUUCUGUAAGAAUUUUACAGAAAUCACACAGUCAAUGUGCUGCAUCAUAGAAAGUCAUGUUUAGGGUUACCGUUUAGCCAGUUUUCUCUGGAAAAGUUAAUUUAGUUACUGUGAGAUACGAAUCAGUGUUACCCAAUUUCAGUUUAUACUUUUGUUUUUUUUUUAUAUUUUACUUUCUGAAUUCUUCUACCAUUUGCCUUCUUGUGGAUUUACACAUACGCACAUGCCUUAAAAUUAUCUGUCUGUUUUUUGUUAUUUUGUUCUUUGUAGUACAAGUUGCUGCUGAUUGGGUUCGCACAUGCUACUUUGCCUUUAAAGAUUUAGUGUCGUCAUGGUCACCAUCGUCUGCAUGUGUACUGAACUCAGCUGCCAUAUACUGUGGAAAGAAAACAGCCUUUUCUCAUUUAGAUCUGUGUGGGAUAGCAAGAUGUUUUAUUUAUGGUAUAAAUUUAUCUUUUUUUUUUAGUGAUUGUUUACUGUGGUGUCAACUAGAGACCACACUGUCAAGAGUCUGAGCCAAUACAGUACUGUAGUGUUUCUUUGUUAGAUUGAUAAUAGACCAUGUGAUCAAAAUGCAAACAGCUGGUUUGACAUCAUUAUCCCUCCCACGGUGCACAUGCUGUAAAAAUCAACCCCUCCUCAAAGCUGUUAUGUGGACUUUAGAAAUACACAUGAUGUAACUAUGAUGUAUUUUGCUCAACAAGGGUCACUAAACAGAAGUUCGGCUCACACAAAAGACAGCGGAUGAAAGCACAAAUCUCUUCUGUGUUGUCAAAUGGGCACCUUGAUAUUUCCUACAGCACAUCCGGACACCUCAACAAUCAAAAUUCUGGCAGGUGAGAGGGAUGUUGUCAAACCACAAGGAAACCAUAGUGAUGUCUGUUUUUUUGUUGCUGUUUUUUUUUUUUUUUUUUUUUUUUUUCCCAUCUUCAAGCUGGAAUCAGGGGUCAUUUGAUGCAGAGGGUUUGGCCAUCCAUGUUUACAUCCUGGAAGCCAUAUUGAUGCUUGUAUUGAGCUGUGGGAGUUGCCAGUGGCUGAUGUGUGACCGUUGGCUUAGCGCUCUAUACAAUAUACCACUGACAUUCUGUCCAAAAGCUCACACUUUCCAUCACAUUAGAAGGCAGUAGAAUUGUACAGGAAACAUCACCACAACACUUUCAACAAUCAACACAUAAAAAAACAAAAAGGCAUGUAUGGGUUUAAUUGUUUAAUUCUGCUGGCAUCGUUGUGACAUCGUAUUGUCUGCAUUGUUGCACUCAAAAUGCCAGCUAAAUAGGAGUGUGAGCUUUCAGACAGCUUUCCUCUGAUGCUUGUCGCUGAGUUGCUUAGCAACAGUCGGAGGUACAAUGUGAAGCUAACUUGGCUGCAUCUGACAAACUGCAGUUGCCAAACUCGGAGUGACUCAAAGGAAAAGACCUGUCACUUCUGCUAAGAAGAAGUCCUGUAUUAGUGUGACAUUGUCUCUAUACUGUUGUGUCUUGCUAUCUGUUGUCUGACCUUCUUGCAGACUGGCGCUGUAACAAUUUUUUUUUGUUUGUUUGUUUCAUAUCGUUUAACUUCUCCAAGUGUUCUUAAUUUGACCCGUCACUUGUGAGAUUAGAUAAAUCCAGUCUCAAGUGUUUUCAGUGCAAUCAGCUACAAUUAUGCUCGAGUCUGCUUUCUUGCUAUACUGUAAUUCUGUCCAGUUAUGUUAUGACUUUACUGUGUUACAGUGUUUUUAUUUGUGAACAGCUAAGAUUGUAUAAUCCAAAGAGGUGUUCCUCUAAGGCGAGUUGGGAGAGUGUAGGCUGCGUGUCUGUCUCCUGUGUUGAUAGUGUUAAAACCAACCAAUGUGACCAUCAGAGAAGCCUUAUACUGAUGCUUUGUCUCUUUCUUCUUUCCCCUCACAAUAAUGUUCAGACUGUGUCUUUGUCAACGUGCAUCUUUUCCACCCAAGCUGGUGGUGUUGAAACAAUGGUUAGCUUGUAAUUAUUUGCAGUGGGCCAGUUCAGCCCUGUACUCAAGUAUGUGAUCAUAUUGUUAUGUUUGGUUCGUGUAUUUCACAUGAUAUGAAUGGCACUUUUUGUGUGUGUGCAUGUGUGUUUCAAUGUCUGUUGUGUUAUGUAUUCUGACUGAAUCUGCAAUGUCAACCUGCAAUGACUUUGGUGUUAUUUCAAAUAAAUAUCUUCAAAAUAA